AUAGCUUCAGGGGAGAGAGGAGUUUAGAAGAGACAGCCACAGGAGUUUAACAGGACAGUCAGCAGAGGAGUGAGGGAAAGCAGCCAGAUCCAUUCUACUGAGGAGAUAGAUAGGGAUUUCAUAUCUGGGCAGGUGAAGAAUUAUCUGAGACAGACAGACACUAAAGAAGGGUCAGUAAGGAAAGGAAGCAGACAGAGGGCGAAGUGUAUCAGACAAAGGUGAAGCGUGGCACGGACUGUCACAGAACAGCUGAGAUUAGGAACAGAAAGAAAGCUGGCAGAAGACAAUCGAAUAAAGGUGGCUCACAGAGUGUCUGGGUAUGGACACAAAGUCGGAUUAGUGAAAGAGGAAGACAAGUGGAGAGGUGACAGUAAACGAGAGGGAGAGAGGUGACAACGUGGGGUUAGAGGUGGAGAGGUGAUACAGGUGGACUGGUGCUAGACGCAGAGAGACAUUUAAUUUGCGGUAUCAGAGUGCAGAAGGCUCCUUUAAUAUAAAUAGUUCUGGGAUCUAAGUACAGUCAUCCAACCUAACAGCCUAAAAUAAGGUCUCUUCUUGCCCAACAUUCUCCAAAACGUUUUCAUUUCUCUGAAGACAUGUCGGCGGCAGUGGAGGCUGUGGGUUUUUUCUUUGGGGUGACAGGGUCAGUCAUGUUGGGGAUCUCUCUCUUCAAUGCCAACUGGCGUGUGUCCUCAGUCGAUGGGAACGUCAUCACGACAUCCACAAUAUAUGAAAACCUCUGGAUGAGUUGUGCAACCGAUUCCACGGGAGUCUACAACUGCCGGGAAUUCCAAUCCUUGCUGGCCUUGUCAGGUUACCUGCAGGCCUCUCGUGCCCUGAUGAUCUGUUCCCUUGUAUUUGGGUUCUUCGCCUGUCUGUGCGGAAUGCUUGGGCUGCAAUGCACGAAGGUCGCAGAUGGAAACGCUGCACUAAAGGGCAAACUUGCUGUAACAUCAGGGGCCAUCUCUAUAUUUUCUGGUAUCUGUGCUGGCAUUGCAGUAUCCUGGUACGCUUUCAACAUCACCAAGCAGUUUUUUGACCCACUUUACCCAGGAACCAAAUAUGAGAUCGGGCCGGCUCUCUACCUUGGCUGGUCAGGAGCUUUAUUGGAUGUUGUUGGAGGUGGACUUCUCUGCUGCUCGUACAAACAGUUUUCCAAACCAACAAAUAAUUUCUCCUACAACUAUCGCGCUCCCCAAGUGAUGUCUUCCAGCAAGGCUACACCCCAAGCUGCCCUCCCACGAUACGAGUCUAGCAAUAGUAUUUGUAAAUAUGGCAAGAAUGCUUAUGUAUAAGACUAGAAGGACUGUGUGUGCUAUGCAAUGCCAAUGGGUAUCAUCACGGCACUAUCCCAUUAGCCUCUGCAGUGGUCCAUUACCAUUUUCAGUCCUAAAACUUGGUGGCACUGACGUUCUUCAUACGGAAUCCCAUUCCCAUGGGAAGAAAAACACAAGAUUGUCAAUGGGCCACAAACUUUUUCUACAGGAACUUUUCAUCCUAUUCCACCAGAGUCCUACAGUCAUGAAAUAAAUGUUCUGAUUUUUGAAUUGUUUUUAUAUUUAACUUUUUUUUUUUUUUAUAUAAAAUAAAGCAAUUUAUUUCUUGAGCAAUUUUCAAGGGCAAUCUGAGAAGACCUUUGCCUCUAAUAUGAUAUGUGAUGCAAACAAAUGGUUCCACCUUCACAAUUUUUGUAUCCCAAAAAUGACGUUUAGAUGAUUGAAGUUAUUUCUGUCUUCGAAAGUUAAUCACUCAAUCAUAUAAUUGCUAACAGAAGAUUUUCAACUGAAAUUACUCUUUUCUUUUUUUUAAUAAUUUUGUUUUGUAACUUUACAAAGGAUAUUCGCUUGAAAGUUUUGAGAUUAUAGAUGCUUUCAUUUGCAAUAUGAUGGGUUGAAGGAUUCUUCCAGCA